AUGGAUACCUACGACGAUGGCUACGAGGAGGAUAUCUACGAGGAAGGAGAUGAGGGAAUCACCUCGGAGGACUGCUGGACCGUGAUAUCUUCGUUCUUCGACACCAAGGGUCUGGUCUCCCAGCAGCUCGACUCAUUCGAUGAAUUCAUCUCUUCGACGAUGCAGGAACUGGUCGAGGAACAAGGACAAGUGGUUCUCGACCAGACUCUACCGCCGGCCGAAGACGAAAUCGACCCCGUGGUGGUUCGCCGAUAUGAACUCAAAUUUGGUACGGUCAUGCUUUCGCGCCCAUCGGUAACAGAAGGUGAUGGCGCAACCACAAUCAUGCUUCCGCAAGAAGCGCGUCUGCGAAACCUCACCUACGCCAGUCCGCUCUACCUGGGUGUCACGAAGAAGAUUAUGGAAGGACGGGAACGUCCGAUCGGCGAUGGUGAUGACGAUGAGCUGCCUGCGGACAACGAUGAAGACCGUAAAGCCCGUGGUACGAAUCUGCAGUGGGAACAAAAACAACUCUCAGCGGAGCAGACCAAGGAGGAAACAGUGUUCAUCGGAAAGAUGCCCAUCAUGCUGAAGUCCAAAUACUGUAUCCUGAAGGAUCUGAACGAGCAGUCGCUCUACGCUUGGAACGAGUGUCCUUACGAUUCUGGCGGUUAUUUCAUUAUUAAUGGUAGUGAGAAGGUUUUGAUUGCGCAGGAACGAAGUGCCGGAAAUAUCGUCCAGGUCUUCAAGAAAGCACCACCGAGCCCAACGCCUUAUGUUGCUGAAAUUCGCAGUGCCGUCGAGAAGGGCUCACGUCUGCUGUCCCAACUCGCUCUUAAACUCUUCGCCAAGGGUGACAGUGCCAAGGGCGGCUUUGGUCCCACCAUCCGCUCGACCCUUCCUUACGUCAAGACCGAUAUCCCCAUUGUCGUUGUCUUCCGUGCUUUGGGUGUUGUGUCUGACGAGGAUAUCCUUAACCACAUUUGCUACGACCGAAACGAUACCCCCAUGCUGGAGAUGUUGAAGCCCUGUAUCGAGGAAGGGUUUGUCAUUCAAGACCGCGAAGUUGCCCUCGAUUUCAUUGCCAAGCGUGGCUCCUCUCAAGCGAACUUGAAUCACGAACGUCGGGUGCGAUAUGCGCGAGAGAUCAUGCAGAAGGAAUUGCUCCCUCACAUUUCGCAAAGCGAAGGAAGCGAAACUCGCAAGGCUUUCUUCCUUGGUUACAUGGUGCAUAGACUGCUCCAGUGUGCACUGGGUCGUCGUGACGUUGACGAUCGUGACCACUUCGGUAAGAAGCGUCUGGAUCUGGCUGGUCCUUUGCUAGCCAACCUGUUCCGUGUCCUCUUUACUCGUGUCACUCGGGACUUGCAGCGCUAUGUCCAGCAUUGCGUUGAGAGCAACCGUGAGAUUUACCUCAACAUCGGCCUCAAGGCUAGUACCCUUACCGGUGGUUUGAAGUAUGCGCUGGCUACGGGUAACUGGGGUGAACAGAAGAAGGCUGCCAGUGCCAAGGCGGGUGUGUCCCAAGUGCUUAGUCGUUAUACCUUUGCUUCGACUUUGUCUCACUUGCGACGGACCAACACGCCCAUCGGACGAGAUGGUAAAAUUGCUAAACCCCGACAGUUGCACAACACGCAUUGGGGUCUUGUCUGCCCUGCCGAAACUCCUGAAGGUCAGGCUUGUGGUCUGGUCAAGAACUUGGCUCUUAUGUGCUACAUCACUGUAGGCACUCCGAGCGAACCUAUCAUUGAUUUCAUGAUUCAACGGAACAUGGAAGUCCUCGAAGAAUUUGAACCUCAGGUCACACCUAAUGCCACGAAGGUGUUUGUCAACGGUGUCUGGGUUGGUAUCCACCGUGAUCCGUCCCACUUGGUCAACACCAUGUCUUCUUUGCGUCGUCGCAAUAUGAUCUCGCACGAAGUCAGCUUGAUCCGUGACAUUCGUGAGCGUGAAUUCAAGAUUUUUACCGACGCUGGUCGUGUCUGUCGACCCCUCUUCGUGGUUGACAACGACCUCAAGAGCGAAAACGCUGGGUCCCUGAUCCUCAACAAGGAGCAUAUCCACAAGCUGGAGCAAGACAAGGAUCUGCCACCAGAUCUCGACCCCGAGGAACGACGGGAGCGUUACUUCGGAUGGGAUGGGUUGGUACGGUCUGGCGCCGUCGAAUACGUGGACGCUGAAGAAGAAGAGACCAUCAUGAUUGUCAUGACCCCUGAGGAUUUGGAAAUUUCCAAGCAGCUCCAGGCCGGGUACGCUCUGCCAGAAGAUGAAUCGGCCGAUCCCAACAAGCGUGUCCGUUCAGUUCUGACUCAGAAGGCGCACACUUGGACUCACUGUGAGAUCCACCCUAGUAUGAUCCUGGGUGUCUGUGCCAGUAUCAUUCCUUUCCCCGAUCAUAACCAGUCGCCUCGUAACACCUACCAGUCUGCCAUGGGUAAACAGGCUAUGGGGGUGUUCUUGACCAACUUCGCCCAGCGUAUGGAAACCAUGGCAAACAUUCUUUACUACCCGCAGAAGCCUCUUGCCACUACACGCUCUAUGGAGUUCUUGCGAUUCCGUGAGCUGCCUGCUGGUCAGAACGCUAUUGUUGCCAUCGCUUGUUACUCCGGAUACAACCAGGAAGAUUCUGUGGUUAUGAACCAGAGCAGUAUCGACCGUGGCCUGUUCCGCAGUCUGUUCUACCGAACCUACACCGACAGUGAAAAGAUGGUGGGCCUGAGUGUUUUGGAGCGGUUCGAGAGGCCCAUGCGUGCCGACACCCUUGGUAUGCGUAAAGGAACCUACGACAAACUGGACGAUGAUGGUAUUAUCGCUCCGGGUACUCGUGUAUCUGAGACUGCCCCGUUGGCUCCGGAUGCCGAGGAACUUGGCCAGCGCACCAAAGCCCAUACCAAGAUUGACGUCUCGACGCCUCUUCGGAGCACCGAGAACGGCAUCGUCGAUCAAGUGUUGAUUUCAACCGGCAACGACGAUCUCAAGUUCGUCAAGGUGCGCAUGCGUACGACCAAGGUUCCCCAAAUCGGUGACAAAUUUGCCUCUCGUCACGGUCAGAAAGGUACAAUCGGUAUCACCUACCGCCAAGAAGAUAUGCCUUUUACUCGCGAGGGUAUCGUGCCUGAUCUGAUCAUCAACCCUCACGCCAUUCCCUCUCGAAUGACCAUUGCUCACUUGAUUGAGUGUCAGUUGAGUAAGGUGUCUGCGCUGCGUGGAUUCGAAGGUGACGCCACGCCCUUCACCGAUGUGACUGUCGACUCGAUUUCCCGCCUCCUCCGCGAGCACGGAUACCAGUCGCGUGGGUUUGAGGUCAUGUUCAACGGCCACACCGGUCGUAAGAUGGUGGCACAGGUGUUCCUAGGUCCGACAUACUACCAGCGUCUGCGCCACAUGGUGGAUGACAAGAUUCACGCUCGUGCUCGUGGUCCCACACAGAUCCUGACCCGCCAGCCUGUCGAAGGUCGUGCUCGUGAUGGUGGUCUGCGGUUCGGAGAGAUGGAGCGCGAUUGCAUGAUCGCUCACGGUGCUAGUGCGUUCUUGAAGGAACGUCUGUUUGACGUGUCGGACCCCUUCCGCGUCCACAUUUGCGACGACUGUGGUCUGAUGACCCCUAUUGCUAAACUCAAGAAGGGUCUCUUCGAGUGCCGCCUGUGCAACAACAAACACCGCAUCUCCCAGGUGCACAUCCCCUACGCCGCCAAGCUUCUGUUCCAAGAGCUGGCCUCGAUGAACAUUGCCGCGCGGAUGUUUACCGGUCGAUCUGGAGUGUCGGACUAUGUUGCGGCGUCGGGGGUGGGCCAUCGCAUCUUCAUCCAUCUGGUCAUACAUAGUCAGAAAGUCAGAAUCAACGAGUCUGUUGUCUCUUUGUGGUAUUUGUAG